UUUAGUGAAUUAGACCGUACAGUCAAAUGCCCUUGUUGUUGUCAGAGACCUCACCAUCUCUCUCUCCCUCUCGCUCAUGGAACCGCUUGAAGCGCCUCACUCCGACCACGAAAUCGCCGUCUCGGACGGCGAACCUCCGCCUCGUCCCCCGUCUCCGGUGAAAAACGAGCGGAACCAUAUUGCAACUUCUCGAGAUUCCGGCGACAAAAUGGCGAGGAAGCUGGGUUUACGUCCGAUCUGCUCUCAGGCCCCAAAGCGCUCAAACAAACGCGGAAGGCCUAUUUGCUCGAAGGAUGCUAUGACGUCUCCGGUGAUCGUUGGUCUACUUGCAAGCGAUAGAAUGGGAGCUGGUUCACUGAGUAUGGAAGAUUCAUCAGGUGAUGAUGAUGAUGAUGGAAAGCACCAAAGAUCUGGUCAUCGCGUGAGGAAGAUAAAAUGGACGGAGCAUCUCAUCAAGGUGUUCCUCGAGCUAUUUGAUCGUGAGUUGGCCGCUUUGAAUUACAUGCAAAAGGUGCCUCAUGCCAAUGGCAAGAUGCGUAUAGUACGUGAUUUCAAUGCGAGGACCGGGAUUGAACUGCCAUGGGAGAGCUUCAAGCACAAAUACGAUAAUCUCAGGAGGCUGUAUAUCGCAUGGGAGAAGCUCGCUGGUUACAACGACAUAUCAAUAGAUAGUAUCACCGGAAAAAUAACCAUGGAUGACCAAUGGUGGAACGAUCGUGAAUCGGAGGUUCCUUUGUCGAAAACCUUACAUCACAAUCCCAUCCCGCAUAUGGAUCUGAUGCAUCGUAUCUUCAAGAAUAGUAGCAUCAAGCGCGAUAAUUCGUCCUCUCCGAACACAUCUGCCCUCCACACCGUUGUUGUCACCACUGUUGAUCCAUGCAAGACCAGUGACCAGACCAUUCCUACCGCAACACCAGUUCCGACAUGUGAGCCAUCCUUGUCUGAGGACCCGACAUCAACAGAAUCUCCCAUCACCCCAUCAUCAUCCAUCGCUCCAUCGCCUUUGCGAUCAUACAGGGAGCAACUACGAUCCGCUACAUUCCCCAUUGCCAACCAAAAGGGCACGCGGCAUUCUCGGAGGUGCGUAUCUCGCAGAAGAACAGCCCUGAAUGCCACUGAGUUCAGGAUGUACCAAGAACCGAUGCUUGUAACGUUCAAGGAAGCGUUCUCCGCCCUGAACAAGCUAGGCAUUGCGAAAUUCACGGAUUUUUGGUGGGCGUCGGUGCGAGUACUGAAGGAUGAUAUGGAAUGGCGGGAAUCGUUCCUGGAAUUGUCGAGUGAUGGAGAAAAGAUUGCGUUUCUGGAGGGACUAACGGGAUACGAUCGGAACAAUAACUACGUUGGGUUAAAAGGGUUGCAAGCUUUUGCAGGUACUUGUUCUAAUUUUGUGAAUGAUAGAGGAAACUAAUUUAGUGUGUGCUUUUUUGUCUUUGGAAUCAAAUGAAAUUAUUUUCGAUACUCUGCGAUUCUUAGUUUGGAUCGGUUAUCCGAGUUUUUAUAUAUCUUAUCUCGGUUUCAUAA